AUGUGUGGAAUAUUUGCUUACCUCAACUAUCUGGUGCCUGCCACUAGAAAGGAAAUACUGGAUAUUCUCAUCAAUGGACUCAAGCGCAUGGAGUACAGAGGCUAUGAUUCUGCAGGCCUUGCGGUUGAAGGGUCAGGGCCUGAUGGUGACAGCUGCAUUCAAAUCAUUAAACAAACUGGGAAGGUUGCAGCCUUAGCAAAGCUAGUAGAGGAAUCAAAAUAUCUAGACUUUGACAAGGUGUUCAACAUUCAUGUGGGUAUUGCUCAUACCCGCUGGGCAACCCAUGGACAGCCGAGUCCAGUUAAUGCUCACCCACAGAGAUCAGAUCCUAACAAUGAGUUUGCACUCAUCCACAAUGGCAUCAUUACAAACUACAAAGAUAUUAAAUUUUUCUUGACACAGAAAGGGUUUGUUUUUGAAACAGAGACCGAUACAGAAGUGGUGGUGAAACUGAUCAAGCAUUUGCAUGAUACUCACAAGGAGCAGAAGAUCAAAUUUAGGGAGCUGAUAGAGAUGACCAUUGCUCAGUUGGAAGGAGCAUUUGCUAUUGCAGUUAUAAGCAAGCAUUAUCCGGGAGAUAUUGUCGCUACCAGGCGAGGCAGCCCACUUCUGAUAGGUGUCAAGAGCAAAACAAAAAUGAGUACAGAUAACAUCCAAGUUAUGUUUGCAAAAGAUCAUCGUGGCCUAUUUGGCAAUAGCAGCCUAAGCAGAAAGGAAGACACAGAGUACCACCCAGUAGGUCCUCACAAAGAAAUAGAAUACUUUUUUGCAUCUGAUGCCAGUGCUUUCAUCGAGCAUACUAACCAGGUGAUAUUUCUGGAGGAGAAUGAUGUGGCAUCAAUUCAUGAAGGUGUGCUCAACAUCCAUCGGGUGUCCCGGUCACUGGAUGAGAGCACCCACAGGGAGGUGUGCACUCUCAAAAUGGAGAUUGAACAGAUCAUGAAAGGCAACUUCAGCUCAUUUAUGCAGAAGGAGAUAUUCGAGCAGCCAGAGUCAGUAUUCAACACUAUGAGGGGCCGUGUGAACUUUGACACACAGGAAGUGAUUCUAGGAGGCAUUACAGAUUAUAUGGGAGAGAUUAGACGCUGUCGUCGCUUAAUUUUCAUAGCAUGUGGUACUAGUUACCACAGCGCAGUUGCUACACGGCAGCUGCUUGAAGAGUUAACAGAAUUGCCAGUAAUGGUGGAGCUGGCGAGUGACUUCCUGGACAGAAACACGCCCAUAUUUAGGGAUGAUGUCGUCUUCUUCAUCAGCCAGUCAGGAGAGACAGCUGAUACCCUUCUGGCCUUGAGGUACUGUAAGCAGCGAGGUGCCUUGAUCGUGGGAGUGACUAAUGUUGUAGGUUCAAGCAUAUCUCGGGAAUCUAACUGUGGAGUACAUAUUAAUGCAGGGCCUGAAAUUGGAGUGGCCAGCACAAAGGCUUACACCAGCCAGUUUGUGUCUCUGAUUUUGUUUGCUCUUGUGAUGAGUGAGGACAGGAUCUCCAUGCAGGCCAGAAGGAGGGAGAUUAUUGCUGGGCUCAAGCAGUUGCCGGAUCAAAUCAAAACAGUGCUGUCUUUAGAUGAGAAAAUAAAAAAUCUGGCCAAAGAGAUGUACUCACAAAGAUCUCUGUUGGUUAUGGGCAGGGGAUAUAACUAUGCUACAUGUCUAGAGGGAGCUCUGAAAAUAAAGGAGCUGACAUACAUGCACUCCGAGGGUAUUCUUGCUGGAGAACUGAAGCAUGGCCCUCUGGCCUUGGUAGACAAGAACAUGCCUGUGUUGAUGGUGUGCACUCGAGACAAGGUCUUCACGAAAUGUAUUAAUGCCCUGCAGCAAGUCAAAGCCAGACAUGGCGACCCCAUAGUGAUUGGCACAGCAGGAGACACAGAGACCGAGUCUUCAGUUAGGCAGUUCAUUGGGGUUCCACAGACCAUUGAUUGCCUGCAGGGUGUCCUGACUGUCAUCCCCAUGCAGUUGUUGUCUCUGCAUAUUGCGGAGCUGCGCAAGCUGGAU